AAAUAUUAAAGACUUAAUCUCCCAAGCUCUCUCCUGCUUCUAUGUGGCCUUCUCAAAGAGACUGACAGGCAAAGCCCAGGGAAGUCCAGACUGUAGCAGUGCAUUCUGCCACAGUGCAGCAGUGCAACUGCUACAGACUGCCUCAGAAGGCCUCAAUCUUAGCUUCUCCAUGGAAGCAGCCAGAGGGAUUCUCAGCCAUGGGUGAGGUGACAGCAGAGGAAGUAGAAAAGUUUCUGGACUCAAAUAUUGGCUUUGCCAAAGAGUACUACAAUCUCCACUACCGGGCCAAGGUUAUCUCAGACCUUCUUGGAGCCAAGGAGGCAGCUGUGGACUUUAGCAACUACCACUCACUGAGCAGUGUGGAAGAGAGUGAAAUCAUCUUUGAUCUCCUACGGGACUUCCAGGAGAAUUUACAGACAGAGAAGUGCAUCUUCAAUGUCAUGAAGAAGCUGUGCUUCCUCCUGCAGGCAGACCGCAUGAGCUUGUUCAUGUACAGGACCCGCAAUGGUGUCGCAGAGCUAGCUACACGCCUCUUCAAUGUCCACAAAGAUGCUGUCCUUGAAGACUGCCUGGUGAUGCCUGACUCAGAGAUUGUCUUCCCUCUGGACAUGGGUGUCGUGGGACGUGUUGCACACUCUAAAAAGCUUGCCAAUGUCCCCAACACAGAAGAGGAUGAGCAUUUUUGUGACUUUGUGGACAGCCUCACAGAGUACCAGACAAAGAACAUCUUGGCUACUCCCAUAAUGAAUGGGAAAGACAUAGUGGCCAUAAUCAUGGCUGUGAAUAAAGUAGAGGGAUCCCACUUCACCACGACAGAUGAAGAGAUUCUUCUCAAGUACCUCAAUUUUGCAAAUCUAAUCAUGAAGGUGUUCCACCUGAGUUACCUUCACAACUGUGAGACUCGACGUGGCCAGAUCCUGCUGUGGUCUGGCAGCAAAGUCUUUGAAGAGCUUACGGAUAUUCAGAGACAGUUCCAUAAAGUCCUGUACACAGUCCGUGCCUUCCUCAACUGUGACAGAUAUUCCGUGGGUCUCCUAGAUAUGUCUAAGCAGAAGGAAUUUUUUGAUGUGUGGCCAGUUCUGAUGGGUGAGGCUCCACCCUACUCUGGUCCCAGAACUCCAGAUGGAAGGGAAAUUAACUUUUACAAAGUCAUUGACUACAUCCUGCAUGGCAAAGAAGACAUCAAAGUAAUCCCGAAUCCACCUCCUGACCACUGGGCUUUAGUAAGUGGUCUCCCUACCUUCGUUGCCCAAAAUGGCCUGAUUUGCAAUAUCAUGAACGCACCUGCGGAGGACUUUUUUGCAUUUCAGAAAGAGCCACUGGAUGAGUCUGGAUGGAUGAUUAAAAAUGUCCUUUCAAUGCCAAUUGUGAACAAGAAGGAAGAAAUUGUUGGGGUGGCCACGUUUUACAAUCGCAAAGAUGGGAAGCCCUUUGAUGAAAUGGAUGAGACCCUCAUGGAGUCUUUGACUCAAUUCCUGGGAUGGUCUGUCUUAAAUCCUGACACCUAUGAAUCCAUGAACAAAUUGGAAAAUAGGAAAGAUAUUUUCCAGGACAUUGUGAAAUAUCAUGUGAAGUGUGAUAAUGAUGAAAUUCAGAAAAUCCUGAAAACCAGAGAGGUGUAUGGGAAGGAGCCAUGGGAAUGUGAGGAAGAGGAGCUGGCUGAGAUUCUGCAAGGGGAGCUACCAGAUACAGAGAAAUAUGAAAUUAAUAAAUUCCACUUCAGUGACUUGCCCCUCACAGAACUUGAGCUGGUGAAAUGUGGGAUACAGAUGUAUUAUGAGCUCAAAGUGGUGGAUAAAUUUCACAUUCCACAAGAGGCUCUGGUGCGGUUCAUGUACUCCCUGAGCAAAGGCUACCGCAGGAUCACCUACCACAACUGGCGGCAUGGCUUCAACGUGGGCCAGACCAUGUUCUCCUUGCUGGUGACGGGAAAGCUAAAGCAAUACUUCACUGACCUAGAGGCCUUGGCCAUGGUCACUGCUGCCUUCUGUCAUGACAUUGACCACAGAGGCACCAACAACCUCUACCAGAUGAAAUCCCAGAACCCACUGGCUAAGCUCCAUGGUUCCUCCAUCUUGGAAAGACACCACUUGGAGUUUGGCAAAACACUGCUGAGAGAUGAGAGCCUGAAUAUCUUUCAAAACCUCAGUCGCAGGCAGCAUGAGCAUGUAAUCCACAUGAUGGACAUUGCAAUCAUUGCCACUGACCUUGCUCUCUAUUUCAAGAAGAGGACAAUGUUCCAAAAGAUUGUGGAUCAGUCGAAGACAUAUGAGAAUGCACAAGAGUGGACACAGUACAUGAGGCUGGAGCAGACAAGGAAGGAAAUCGUUAUGGCCAUGAUGAUGACUGCUUGUGAUCUCUCGGCCAUCACCAAACCCUGGGAGGUGCAGAGCAAGGUGGCUCUGCUGGUGGCAGCUGAAUUCUGGGAGCAGGGUGACUUGGAGCGCACGGUGCUGCAACAGAAUCCUAUUCCCAUGAUGGACAGAAACAAGGCAGAUGAACUCCCGAAGCUGCAAGUUGGUUUCAUUGACUUUGUCUGCACCUUUGUCUAUAAGGAGUUCUCCCGUUUCCAUGAGGAGAUAACCCCCAUGCUGGAUGGGAUCACCAACAAUCGCAAGGAAUGGAAGGCCCUUGCUGACGAAUAUGACACCAAGAUGAAGACGCUGGAGGAGGAGAAACAGAAGCAGCUAACAGCCAAGCAAGCAUCCUCAGGAAACCAGCCUGAGGGCGUCCCCAACCCAGGCAGUGCGCCUACAUCCAAGUCCUGCUGCAUCCAGUAGCAUGACCAGGUUGCCGCUGGCCAGGAUGGGACUACCUUCCAAGGAAAGAAGUCAUCCAAGUAAUGGAAAGCCACAGAUCACCUUGAGAUGUGAGAGUUAAGGAUUUGAGAGCUGAUGGAGACGUUAGCUUACAUCUUAUCUAAUGGUUUAAAACAUCUUUUUAGCCUUGAGAACUGUCUAUUGAGUUAAAACCGAUAUUCUAGAUUUCAUAGACAUUAAUUCAAGUUUUAAUUAAUGUCAGAUUCACCUGCUUGAUUAGAAUCAUUUCUGUUAUUUUAUUUUGCAGUACCAGGGAUUGAACCUAGGCAGAUGCUGUACUACAGAGUUACAUCCCCAGGUCAUUUUUGGUUUUUACUUUUAUUAUAAGUUUUCAUUCACUCUCAAAAGUGGAAAAUGGUACACUGAAUCUCCAUGUGUCUGUCCCUCAGAUUUGAAUAUCAAGAUUUGGCCACAUUUGGUUCAUCUGUAUUUUUUUACAUUUCUUUCUCAAUUUUCUUCUUAGCUCAAGUAUUUAGAGGGAAAUUCCAGACAUACCUUGUCACUCCUCCAUUCUUUUAAAAGAACAGGUCAUUUUUUUUUUUUUUUUGGUACCGGGGAUCAAACUCGGAUCCUUGUGCUUGUACAGCAGGAGGUGAAACCACUGAUCUAAAUCCUUGGCCCGGAACAGGUCAUUUUUUUAACAUGACUACAGUAUUAUGUGCAGCAGACAAGCACCUCACACCCAACUGUGGGGUACACUGGGAUGAGCCAAAGACCAACCCCUUCUUCAGGAAAAGACCAGAGACCUCCGUAGCCACAGUGCUACCUAGAAGGAGAUGGUUCUUGGUGUCAGCCCCUCCAGAGGUUUUCUCAGCUGCAGGGAUACUCUUUCUGUUUCCCAGGGUGAUCUAUACUUGAUGACUGGUAGAAAGGCCUCGCCGUCUUGGUGCAACAUGGGCAAACUGCAAAGCCAUUCUAGUUCCAAGCCUCCUGUGUGGUGUACCAAGGCUACUGCCAGGCUUGCAUCAUUGUCCAGCUUCCCCUCUGCCCACUCCUGCUUCCUCCUCUUCCCUCCCCUCCCUCCCGCCCCCUCUUCUCCUUCCCUCCUAGUCCCUUCCUGCCCUGGGCCGAGCCUGAAGAUGGCUCUUUGUCUCCUCCCUACUCCCUUUCUCCUCCAUAGAUUAGAUAGUCAAACAGACUGCUUGACUAAUAUUGUAGACCCUGGAUGGCACAGCCCCAGGAAACAGUUACAUUAUGUAUCCUUCCCUGUUCCCUUCCUACACCUGCCCCCGAUCACGAAACAAUCAUGCUAUAUUCCACCUAGGUCACUUAGGCCAUAUAGCACUAUUUGCCCUGCCUUCUCUUCCUGUUUGCUUUCCACUAUAAAUAAAAAGCGCAUAGGACUCUAGGCAGCUCUUGACAAGCUAUAGUUCCACCUGAUGCCAACUUUCAAGAAUAGUCUUUGUUUCUUUGUUUUUUCUUCAUCUCUCACCGGUCUCCCUGGCUUCAGACCCUAUGCUGUGUGGGUCACAGCACCUUACCUUCAUAAGCAUCUUGCAGAGUUCAUUUGAGUCUGCCUCCCAGGGAAUCCACUUUGUGGUGCUAGCCCUUAGUCAUCUUUCUCCCACUAUCACAAAAAUGUCUUUGAGAUUUGAUUUGCUUGAAUCUAGCUGUUGUGUUUCAAUUUGGUUGUUGUUUUUUAUUUGUUUUUUGGGGGAAAGAUAUGCUUUGCAUUCCUGGAUCUUCUAUUGAUUUGAAGGAAUGCAAAUCUAGGUAACAUUCUCAAUUGCAAAACUUCUGUUUUGAUUAACAGGUAUUUGGUUGGUUGUAAAAACAGGUAGAGCUUAUUUUUUAAAAACCAAAUCUUAAGUGUGCGCUGGUGAAUCUGCAACACCUCCCAGGUUUAGUAUGCAUGCCUUAGUAACUGAUGUUGAAAACUGCAAAAGAAACUAAAACCUAAAGAUGACAAUACCAUGCUGAAAAGUUUCCAGGAAAUUUCUGCUAUACUGGCCCAAAUUCUAAUUUUAUUUUCUAUUGUUCCCCUGCUCAGCUUUAUUUUAUUUAUUUCUUAGUGCUGGGGAUGGAACCCAGGGCCUCCAGCACACUAAAAAAGUACUCUGUCACUGAGCUACACCCGCAGUCCCCUCAGCUUUGUUGAAGUGUAACUCACAAAUGAAAAUGGUUUCUACUUGAGGUGCACAGGGCAAUGUUCGGAUAGACCUACACACUGUGGAAUGGUCCCCAUAAUCAAGCUAAGUAACACGUCCAUGUCUUCCCAGUUACGGUGCUGUUCUUAGGUGUCUUUAUCCACAGUAGUGCUCGUUCUUCUUCAUCCCCUUGCCAGGGGCUCACUGAGGAAACCGAUCAGUUGUCCCACAUCCUAGAUUUGCCUGUUUACUUUUGUAAUAGUGUACAACACCUUCCAAUGCCUCCUGUUCUUUUAAACACAGACAUGAGCUCUAGAACCUUUCCUUCUCCCAGACUGAAGGUUCUGCAGAAGCUAAUAGAUUAAAGUGGUUGCUCUGAGGGAGCAGGGAUUUAGCUCAGUGGUUCUGGCAACUGCCUCGCAAGUCCAAGGUCCCGAGUUCGAACCCCAUUACCCCCCAAAAAAGAGAUAAACCCUAAAGUGGUUGCUCUGGGGAGAGGGAAUCACAUGGUUUCCCCAAACUGUAAGUCUUUAAUCUGCUUUAACUUCUCUCUUCUUGUAAUGAGGAAAUCAAAGGUCAGUGAGGGGAUGGGCGUGGGUAAGUUCAUGCAGUUGUCUGGCUUCCCUCCAGAAGCUGUCCAACGCCCCAAAGAUCACUGUACAGGGCACAGGUCCCUACCUAUGGCAGGUCAUGUCAAAGGGGGGAUGGGUCUGGCCUCCCGUUUUUUUUUAACUCUCAAGCUAACUUUCAAUCCCACUACACCUGACACUCUGAGAGCAUUGGUCUUUUAAGAAAGACAUGUCCCAAUGUACCUCAUGCAUACUGGCUAAGUGGCAGGGUAGAGAGGAGAAAUAAAUGUCACCAGAAACAAAUAGGCAUGGAUACUGCUGGCUUUAGCUCUGCCGUGACAUUUGAGUCUCUUGGACAGGUUCUUGGGCUCUGUCUCUGACAACUGAGGAUCAGAAUCAUUGUCAUGCCUCUCACACAGGGGGUUUGAUUAGCACCGAAUGAGAGUGUGUACCACGAAGAUCACAGUUAAUGUUGAUUAAGUGCUUACAAUGUCCUACGUACUGUGCAUGAUUCAAUUUUGUUCUCACAACAACCCUACAGGGUAGAAGUGUUACUAGGCCUACUUACCACAUGGUGAGAGCAGACUCAGAGAGGUUAAGAAGCCUGCCCAAGGACAACCAGCUAGUAUAUACUGGAGUAAAGAAUCAAAACCAAGCAGCCUGACAGCUCGACCCCAGCUUGUAGCUAUUGUCCUUGCACCAUCUGGGUUCUGAGAACCAGCUUUUUUUGAAUAUGAAAGACCUUUGAGUUCAUCUAAGCAAAUCAUCAUAGUUCACAAUUAAGGAAACCAGGAGCCUAAGAGGAGCUGUGUCCGAGUUCACACGACACAGAAAUGUCACAAGAGUUGGGUCCCACGUGCAGGUCUGGAGGUUAUAAAUCUGCCAUGCCAUUCCUUGUGAGCAGCAGUGCCAUUCUCCUGGAGCCUAAUUAGGUAAGGAGCAACAGACACUGAGCAAUCAGUCGCACAGCUACCUUCCCAAGGGCUCCAGUGCACACCAGGGAGCUCCGUCCCUAAGUAGAAAUGGGAAAAGUCAUGAUCCGCUCCUUUAAAAUGAAGAAAUCCAAACAAAUGUCACAGAUUCAGAAAAUAUAUCACCUGACCAAUGAGAACAGUUCCUGUAUGUAAUAAACAACAAUUUGAAAA